CAGUGUGUGAGAAGCGAUUGUGUCAAGAGUCGCUCGUAAGUCAAAAUCCAUCCCGAAAGUGAAGUUGGUGGAAAAAGAUGACUGCCUCCGUCGUUUCGUAGUUUUGUCGUCGCGUAAAAUUAGCCCCCCAAAAAGUGGCCAACCGCAAAACCGUCGGCAUCAGCAGAUUCCGGAAGUGUUUCCGUGGCUUUUAGGCUACUAGCCUUCGUGUUGAUCGAUAGUUUCCCUGAGUUGUGAGUGUUUUGUGUGGUGAACGUCGCAAAAGUGGCAUAAAAUUUCUGGGUCUGUGGGGGGAAUAAUGUUCGACAACGACCUCCGCCCGGAACAGAAUGAGGGCCAGUUUUGUCGAUUGUGCUUCACAAAGUCGGCCGAGCUGUGUCCGCUGUUUCCGCCAGCCAGCAUUCCGAACAAGGCGCUGCUUCACAAAAUUUUCGACUGCACCACCAUAACGCUAAGCUUUCGUGACGACCAUAAUGCACAAAUAUGUACCAGCUGCGUCGUUAGCAUUGAAGCCUUCUUCAAGUACAAAAUAAAAUGCGUGGAAAACGACAAAUUGUUGCGGAAACGACGAACAAAUUUCUUCACAGGGAUAGGUCUUACGAGUGAUCCGGUUGAGACAAAAAAGGAUGGUGGCGAUGGCGAAGACAAACAGGAUGAUGAGCAAUUGAGCAAAAUAGAAGGCGAACAAAAGCCAGAAGAUGACUCUUCCAAUUGCCAGGUCAAACAGGAAGUCAUCGAAGAUGAUGAUGACGAUGACGGUUAUUUUAACCCGGAUCAGUUCCUGGCACAGGAGACGCAAAUCGGCGAUAAACAAAUUGAUCAAUCCGUAUUGAAUGGCACCGAUGAUAAUAGUUUUGGACCGAGUAAUACUAGUGGUAUGGAACGAGGCUGGAAGACAACUGAGUUUUCUCCACAGGGUAGUGGUUCCGUGUUAAAACCCCUGAAGAUAACCGACUAUUCAAACCUGGACGGUAGACGUGGAAGGCCACAAACCUUCAUCACAACCGUUCCAACAGAGCGUCUUCUGGCCCGCCCCAAUCCAUUUGCCGCCAAUUCAUUCCACACAUCGUCGCCUCUGCGGCAACCGAAUCAACCACCAGUUCGAGGCUUCGAAGGCGCUUUUCGACAGCACUUCAAUAUCAGUAACGGCAAUCGACAGCCUUUGGCACAACCGAUGAACCCACGCAAUCCCAUGGGCGGUCGAUUCGACACGUUUUCUCUCAGUACCAUGGAACAAACGAAGAAGGUGCAGAAGUUCCUGGACGAAGGUUUGCGGGAUCUGAUUUUACAUGCCGGAACGUCGAACCUAAAUUUCGCCGUGGACGGCGGAUACACCAACUUCAAGGUAGUAAAAGCGCGACUAAACUCGUACAACCUGAUCUUCGAGGGUAAUCGCUUCCUGCGACGGAACAAGUCAUGCAGUGGCCUACCAAAAUGGUACUGGGCAUGCAGCGUUAGUGGCUGUCCGGUCAAAAUCUGCAGCUACAAGGGACGGCUGUUCAAAACCAACGAUAAGAUCAACCAUGUCCAUCCUCCGACAGAGACAGAUGAGAGCGAACACGAAGUGAUUCUUCCAGACCAGGCCGAUGAGUUGAUGGUACAACGUGAUUCGCCGUUAUCCUCAGCGAUACAGUCCCGUCCUCCACACCAGAUUCAGCGUCCUCCUUUACCGAUCAUUUCGUCGGUAAAGGAAGCCGUAACCGAUCUUCCCAAGAAAGAGGAAGAGUACGAAAGCCCUGCAUCCUACAAAGUGGUUGUGGAGGAGGACAAAACAGAUGCUCUCAUUUAUAAGGAGCACAAACAUAAACUUGUAAGUAGCGAAGCUAAUGGUGUUAGGUUAUGGAAAUGUCUAACUACUCUGGAGAACGGGGACGUAUGUGGUGACUCGAUUCGACAAUUAAUUGAUGGCAGAAUAAAGCUAGAAAAAUCAAUCAAAAAGGAAAAAUUAGGCGAUGGUGAGACAGAUAAUGAAACCAACAAUGAAGAUGAUGGUGAUGGUUCAGAAAAACGGAGAAAUCGUUCUCCCAAAGUGGCGGUUUACGAGGGUUAUCACUAUAAAUAUUGUCACGCUCGACCCGAAGGCACUCUCUACUGGCGAUGCAUGCUUAAACAGGACAACAACUGUUUGGCUUCACUGCACACCAAAGCCACAUUUGAGUUCCUUAACUUCAACGAUCAAACACACAAUCACGAUCCUCCGGAUCCAAAUGUGGAUCUGGAAAACGCCAUCAUAUGCAAAAUUGAACCAGCAGCUGAAAAACCUCCGGCGGCACCAUCUGCUGGAUCGACUGACUUCCAGUUGGUGAAAAGUGGGCAAAAGCGCGAGUUCCUUAUCUAUCAAGGGUAUCGAUACUAUUUCCAGUACGAGUCCAAAAACGGCAAACGGUCGUAUCGGUGUACAAUGUUCCGCAACUGUCCGGCUGGGGCAUUCCUUAUGCCGGACAACACAAUUGCAGAGGCUAAAAACUUUGUACAUACACAUCCCCCUACGGAAGAUUUGGAAAAGUAUGUCACUAAAGAUAGUUUAAUUACCAGUCCUAUCAAGAACGUCGAUGGGCAGCCGGGAAGGCAACAGCGAACGGCAGUCGAAGCUGGUCAUUUUCCUAAUCUCAAUGAUCCCGUAGCCAGUGCCAGUGCCAGAGAGGAAAUCGCCCGCGCCAACGGAUACAAAAUAAUCAAAAACUACAAAGGCAAAGAUAUUCUCAUUUACAACGGUUGGCGAUACUUUGUUGACUAUAAGAAGAAAAAUGGUGGACAAGUUUGGCGUUGUUCUUCGCACAGAUUGUGCCGUGGUGCUGUUCACUUGUUCCCGGAUGGUUCGAUAAACUACGCCAAGCUCGUAGAUCACAAUCACAUGCCUCCGAAACGAAAUCUCACCACUCCCAACAUGUCCAUGGAUUCCAGCGGUAUGUCCAUCUCCGGUAUGAGCAGCAGCUUCACCGCUGGAAUGAUACCGGAUUUUGCCUCGAACGCCUACACCCCACCUUACCACCGUUACAUACUGCACGAAGGCCACAGGUUUCGAUUUGCUACCCGGAAACGCGAGGGUACCAUCUAUUGGCGUUGCGCCAUGAGGCUAGACACCAAAUGUCCGGUUUCCUUCCACACCAAGGAAGACACGUACGAGUUGGUCAGUAUGCGCAAUCAGGAGCACAACCACCCGGUGCCAGAGGUUUGGCCCGAGGUGGCCGGUGGUCAGAUCGAGGAAGAGCUUCCCGUGGUUAAAUUGCCGCAGGAGGAAAUCGGAACGACGGAUUUUAUCUUGACGAAAAACUCCAAGGGACGGGAUGUCGUGCUGUACCAGAAUGGACGGUACUAUCUGGACUACUCCAGGAAGGAUGGGAAGAUAGUCUUCAGGUGUUCUGCUGUUGCAGGUUGCCGUGCCACCGUCCUUCUUCUUCCGAACAAAACCCUUGUGGUCAAUCGAGAGCUGAUGCAUACCCACGGUUUCCCGUUGGUAAUGGACAACAUGAUGAAUUCGUCUUCACUGUCGCUCCGAAAUCCGACCAGGGAGAGCAAAAUAGACGACGACGUUCAACUGAUUGCUCCGCCAGACCCGCUGUGUCUGGACAUGGAACCGUCUUCUUCAGCAUCAUCUUCAUCAUCAUCAGCACAUCAUCUGCCGAAGUUCAUCAUUCAUCAUGGCUAUCAUUACAAAUUUGUUUCUACGAACGCGAACGACCGGAUGGCCUUCUGGCGUUGUUCAAAUUUUGAGGCUAAGAUGAAUUGCCAGGCGACACUCUACACGACGCUGGCUGGACAAGUGAUACGUACUAACAAUAUGAUGCACAACCACAAAACAGAAGACUACCACAACAGCUCGGCCAACAACAGUUUGGCUCGGCGAAAAACGAUGAUCGGCUCGCGGGAUUACAAGAUCGUCAAGAACUGGAAGAACCGCGAUGUGUUGGUGUUCCAGCAGUGUCGAUACUUCCUGCACUACGUCCGGAAAGAUGGUCGCAAAGUGUGGCGCUGUUCGGCGAUCCGGAGUUGCCACGCAGCAGUUUACCUGGGGGCGGAUGGACGAGUGGACCAAGUCAAGGGCGAACACGUACAUGACAUUCGACCGGAGGGUGAACCCCGGCGGAGACGACCCAGAAAACCUCGAUUGGAAUUGUUGCCACCACAAGCCGUUCCAACUGGCAAUCACCACCGCCAUAUGGGUGGCAAUGGAAUGCCCCAUCCGGGAGGAAACGGCAGCGAAUGGAUCGAUUACAGUGACUAUGGUAUGCAGAUGAGUGGAAGCAGCAACGACAACAACUCGUUGUGGGAUAACUUUAACCCACACCAAAUAGCAACCAUGGGAGGUGGAGGGCCGCCAGUAGGGGACAAUGGAGAGAACUUUGACUUUAGCUACCAUUCGGUGUUCGGCAAUCAAUCCAGCUUUGGUGAUAGCUACGGAAUGGACGCAGACGACGAGCCGCUUCCACUAGAACCGGAUGUGAGCUUCCAGGAGAAUGAUGACAACUACGAUACCUUGGAAAACCAUCAAGAUCUCGAACCAGUGGUACAGAUGGUUGAGUGAACAUUUUUUCAUUAUAUUUCGAUUAAGGUUAUAGAGUGAUAAAUAAAUAUAUUUGAUCCUUUUUUUAGCAAACAAAAGUUAGAUGGUAAAGCGAAUCAUCCGCAAAAUUACCUGAAAAUAACGUUGUUUAUUUUAGUUCCCCAUUUUAUUAGGACUGUUAUAUCAAGAAUAUUCAUCUGCACACCAAGAGCAAAAGUAUUGUUUAUUAUUUUUAUUUUGUAAACCACUAUUUAAUACAGUUUAUAAACCAAUUGUGAGAUAGACAAAUAUGGAAAAUAAAAUGCUCGAAAAAGAACAGAAUGUUUAGUAAAAAAAUCCUUUAUUCAAUGCCACUUCACAUGAGAGUACUUGGCCAGUUGGGAAAUGUGCUGAUUCUGAUGUAAAGAGUAAAGAUAAAGAAAAUUUCCACACUAUUCGAGUGGACGAUUUGUAGAGCGGUUGAAAAGGGAAAAAUACUAUUUCUAUUAUAGGUAUACCUAUAUUUUAUUAGUUUAUAGAAUCGCAAACAUUUAUCAAUUUUAUUAUUUACACCAACAAACUCACAGAAGCCACCACUCGACGUAAAAAAUAGAUAAGCCAGCACCCUACUAAAAGUAAAUCUUUUAAGGACAAAUGCAAUUUUACAUGCCCUUUCCAAUGUUUAAGUACUACAUCAACAUGAUGCAAAUAUAUUAAUAAAAAUUA